GGCGCGUGUCGUGGUCUCCGGGUCUCCCGACAGCUCUACUACAAAGAUGGUCAACGUACCCAAAACCAGAAGGACUUUCUGUAAGAAAUGUGGCAAGCAUCAGCCUCACAAAGUGACCCAGUACAAGAAGGGCAAAGAUUCUCUAUAUGCCCACGGGAAGAGGCGCUACGAUCGGAAGCAAAGCGGCUAUGGUGGGCAGACCAAGCCAAUAUUCCGAAAGAAGGCUAAAACCACCAAGAAGAUUGUGCUGAGGCUUGAAUGUGUUGAGCCUAACUGCAGAUCCAAGAGGAUGCUGGCCAUCAAGAGAUGCAAGCAUUUUGAACUGGGAGGAGAUAAGAAGAGAAAGGGCCAAGUGAUCCAGUUCUAAACUUUGGGGGGAGGAGGGAGGUGGGGGUCUUAAUUUUGAGGGGAAGAUCUUGAAGCUAUAAAAUUACCUGAUGGAAAACUAAUAAAUCUCAGAAAAUACCC